AUGGAGUGGGAGGAAGUGACGGAUUUUGAACAAAUCCAAUACCAAAAAGGAUACGACGAGGGAACGGCUGUGGGACAUCAGCAAGGGUACGAGGAGGCCUUUCUAUUUGGCUUAGAACAUGCGUACGAAAAGUUUCUCUUGAUCGGUGAAAUUUAUGGACGUGUCUGUGUUUGGCUACAGGACGAGAAUGUCAGACAACCGAAAGUGAAAAAGGCAAAAAAGCAUUUGGAACAGUUGAAAACACUUUUAGACGCUUUGCCGUUCCACAAUGAACACGAAAAUACAGAAGCAGGUUUCGACGCCUACUGGAAUCGAAUCACCGCGAAAACAAAAGUUGUUUCAAGCCUUCUAGGGAUUAGAAUCUUGCCGCUGGAUGCAGAACAAGACAAUGACGGCUUUGAAUAA